AUGACGCAGAAAAACGAAGACCUACUACAGCGCCCGCUGUAUGGUAUGUAUUGUGCAACAUGUCCUCUCAAGACCCUUACUUACUUUCGCAGUGUUUGACCUGCCAAAAGAGCUGCUGGCCACGCUCACAUACAAGGAUCAAUCUGGCCGACCGAUCGAAGCACCCAAACCUGAGACACCUACGCCCUCGAGCGAGGCCGGAGAGAGGCCAGAUCAGGAAGACGGCGCUGCUGCAAAAGCUACAUCAUGUAACCUCUGCGCGUUGAACUUUGCCUCAGUAGCUGAGCAGCGCAAACACGUUCGCUCAGACCUACACGGCUACAACCUGAAACAGAAGACCAAGGGUCAAAAGUCGGUGGGCGAGGCAGACUUCGAGAAGCUCAUUGGCGAGCUGGAUGAGAGUAUUUCAGGCUCCGAAUCUUCCGAGUCGGACGAAGAAGACGAGGAUGAGAGUGGCAGGCCGAAGGACUCGACGCUGAGCGCACUGUUGAAAAAGCAAGCCAAGAUCUCGGAUCCAGAGUUUGACGAGUUUGCGUCGAGAAAGAAACAGCGUGGGCCUGGUAAUGCACCUCUGCUCUGGUUCUCGUCGCCGAGACUGCCAGACAACACGUCGCUGGGGAUAUACCGCGCCAUCCUGUCCAAUGCGGAGCAGGAAGAAGAGGCACACAUCGUAGAGACAAUACGAAAAAAGCAGCUCGUUCCUAUGCAGCCACCAAAGAUCAAGCCUUCCGAGGGCGGCGUACCACUUCCACAGACAGACAUUGGGCCGCACUACUUCCUCAGCAUGAUCGGCGGCGGGCACUUUGCUGCGAUGAUAGUCGCCCUGGCGCCAAAAGUGGGCAAAAGUCACACUGGCGUAGAUGAGCGAUCAGCUACUGUUGUCGCGCACAAGACCUUCCAUCGAUACACGACAAGACGCAAGCAGGGUGGUUCGCAGUCGGCAAACGACAACGCAAAAGGCAACGCCCACUCUGCUGGUUCAUCGAUACGACGAUACAACGAGAACGCGUUGAUUCAGGAAGUCCGCGAUUUGUUGACGAGCUGGAAGUCAAUGAUCGACACUGCUGAACUCAUCUUCGUACGCGCAACCGGCGCCACAAAUCGACGCACAUUGUUCGGGCCAUACGAGGGCCAGGUUCUCCGCACGAACGAUCCAAGAAAUCGUGGCUUUCCGUUCAGUACCCGACGCGCCACGCAAAAGGAGUUGAUGCGUGCAUUUGUCGAGCUCACCCGUGUAAAGCAAAGUACCAUCGACGAAGCAGCGCUCGCAGCACUCAACGCACCCCAGCCUGAAGAGAUAUCGAAGAAGCCAGUAGCGAAGCCCAAGCCGCAGAAGCCCUCGAAGGAGGAAGAGGCCGCAACGCUACACACAUCUCAGGUCAUCCCGUUGAUCAGACGCUCGAAAGUGCCAGCUUUGCUCAGUUACCUCAAAACCAACAAUGUUCCACCUACUUUCACAUUCCUGCCAGAAAACCACCAUACACCUACACCCCUCCACUUGGCUGCUUCACUCAACUCCGCCCCUAUUAUCUCUGCGCUUCUCACUAAGGCAGGUGCAGAUCCUACCAUCAUGAAUGAUGACGCACGAACACCGUUCACUCUGGCAGGCGAUCGGGCAACGCGUGAUGCGUUCCGUGUAGCACGGUCCGAACUUGGCGAAUCUGCGUGGGAUUGGGAGAGAGCGGGAGUCCCGGCAGCACUGUCAAGAGCAGAAGCCGACAAGCGGGAAGCCCAAGAUAAGUCUGAGAAGGCGGCUGAAAGCAAGGCCGAGGCCGAGCGCAGGAAAGCUGAGACUGAGCGAGUCAGGAAGGAGAGUGAGGCAGCGGACGCAGCCAGAACCACACAACGACUGGGUAAAGGGAAAGCUCUUGGUGCGUUGCCUGCAAAGACCGGCGCCGAGCUGCGAGAGGAGCAGGCAAGAGGUCUGACCCCAGAGGCUCAAGCACGACUUGAGAGGGAGAGGAGAGCGAGAGCGGCAGAAGAGCGCAUGAAGCGAUUUGCUCAGGGCAAGUAA